UUCGGGAGGAGGCGGAGGGAGACGUCGCCGCGCAACUUUUCCACACUCCGCUGCUAGUUGUGUUGUCAUCCACGCGCUUCCACGUCGCCCAGAGCUCCGUUAUGAUUCUAGAAACUCUCGGUAACUCGACGUUGCUCGAGCUGAAGCGCUGGUUGUAAUUACAGCCGUUAGCGAAUUCUCUCCCCUGCUGCUUUAAUGAGCUGUGCUGUUUGUUGUUUAUGGUUGUGGGCGUGGGCCGAAUGAACGUGUCGCCGCUAAGAGUGACGGUGAAAGCCGCAGUAUUAUCAUUUAUCAAUUCAUACAGGCAGAGUAGUAGAAAUGCUGUUAUUUUCAAUGGGCUUUGGAACAGCUCGCCUCGUCCUCCGCGAGCUCGCUGCUGUUCCCAGUCGCUCAACUUUUUAUGAACACCUCUUGACGUCAUCGCGCGAGGAAACUCAGAUUCCACUGCUUCGUCAUAAAGCCUCGGCUCAUAUUGAGAUGGACACCGCAGGCAGAAGCUCCUUGUCGCGACACGCCGAUAUAAUAUAUGCCUUUGUGUCGGUGGGGUUCGGUGUGAGCUUUAAAGGUUGCUCCACUUUGACGGGCAAGAGCCACUAACUGUGCAAUACUUUCAGGAAAUUGCUUUGUCUUGUUCUGACAAGACUGACCUUUGCAGCAGGACAGUUUAAAACGUGCACGCACACACGUGUGUGAAACACAAGGAGACAAUGAGUAAAUGCCAGCGGCUGAGUUUGAAGGACAGACCUUUCCACAACAUUAAUGUGACCUGUUGGGUUUAAUGUGACGGACUGGGACCAGUGCACAUUGGACUGUGUGAUUGCAGAACAGUCCUCACUGAUCUGUAUUUAAUGCAGUGGCUGGUUUAGGUGUUUGUAAUGUGCAGAUCCUAGGAACAGACCGGACCUUGUUCCCAGCAUGGACUCCAAGAAGCAAAGUGUGAUGCGGCAGCUCCGCCAGAAGGUGCUGCCACACCUCCGGCGAAGCAAGGCGAGUCAGAGCAAGCCGGUGAUUCAGGUGGAACCCUCAAUGGAUAAGUUGAUGAGUUCCUCCGUUCCUGACAUGAGGCAGGAGUACAGCCGCGUGUCCUCCAGCCCACUGAUCCAGCACAACAACCCUCCCUGCCGCAGCAGUCCCUCUUCGCCGCUUCUCAAACCCUCCAGAAGCCACGCGGGAGGUGGGAGUGGCCUGAACGUGGGAGUCGGGAGGACCGAGGACAGACUCAGCGUGCCCUUGGUCUGCAGAGACUGGGCUUCCUCCCAGGAGUCGUUCGGUAGCUUCUGUGAGGAGGAGAGGAGCUCUCCGGUGACAGAGUACAGACCUGGCAGAGGGAUGGAGCCUGAGGAGCUGAGCCUGCCAGAGAUGAUGACCAUCUACAGCCCAGACCUUCCCACUCUGGAGGUUUCCCAGCACAACUCACAGUGUGAUGAUCAUGUUUCAAAUGAUCAGGAAGGGGACGGUCAAAAUUAUGAGACUGGGAGUGAAAGUCCGAGUGUGUCGGAGAACAUCAAGGAUCCUACCAGAUCCUUCCUCCUCACAAUCAGCCUGAAGGAGGGACGCAACCUGGUCAUCAGGGACCGUUGUGGUACCAGCGAUCCCUAUGUGAAAUUCAAACUGGAUGGAAAAACCUUCUACAAAAGCAAAGUGGUUUAUAAAAACCUCAACCCCGUGUGGAACGAGACAUUUUCUCUACCUGUGAAGGACUUGAAUCAGAGAAUACACAUCAAGGUCUAUGACCGGGACCUAACAACCGAUGACUUCAUGGGCUCAGCCAGUGUCCUCCUGAGCAAUCUGGAGAUCGACAAAGUCAGUGAAUUGUCCCUGCCGCUGACGGACCCGGGCAGCCUGGAGCAGGACAUGGGCGCCGUGUUGCUGAACAUGAGACUGUCACACAGAGAUGGAGACAGCAAAAGAAGCCACCGGUGGCACCGAAAACGAAGUGUUAGGUCAGGAGCUGUACCUCAGAGCUGUCGCCUGGCAGAUUCACUGAAGAAGAGCCAGCUGUGGACUUCUGUUGUGUUAGUGACUCUGAUUGAGGCCCAGGAGCUGCUGCUGGACUCUCUGGGGGGUCAGCUCUUUGUUCGCUUCAAGCUGGGAGACCAGAGAUACAAAAGCAAGAAUCACUGCAAAGUAGCCAACCCUCAGUGGAGAGAGAGGUUUUCAUUUAACCAGUUUUUAGACAGUCCAGAAAUCCUGGAGGUUGAGCUCUGGUCCAAGGAAGGACGGCGGACAGAAGAGUGUUUGGGAACGUGUGAAGUGGACCUCUCCAAGAUCGCGUUUGGUCGCAGGCAGCUGUUCACGCACUCCGUGGGCCACGGGAGAGGACGCUUGGUCUUCCUGGUCACGCUGAACACAUACAGCGGCGUUGCCAUUUCUGAUCUCUGUGCGGCGCCACUGGAUGAACCCCAUGAACGACAGACACAGCUGGACAACUACAGUCUGAAACGGUCCCUGACAAACCUCUGUGACGUUGGCUACCUCCAAGUCAAAGUUCUGAAGGCUACGGAUCUAAUUGCGGCAGACUUAAAUGGCAAGAGCGACCCUUUCUGUGUGCUGGAGCUGGGGAAUGACAGGCUGCGAAGCCAUACCGUGUACAAGAGCCUGCACCCAGAGUGGAACAAAGUCUUCACAUUCCCUGUCAAAGACAUUCACGAUGUUCUGGUGGUGACGAUCUUUGAUGAGGAUGGAGACAAGGCGCCAGACUUCCUAGGAAAAGUUGCCAUUCCCCUGCUCUCGAUCCGCAGGGGACAGCAGAUUGCCUUCCCUCUGAAGAAAGAGGACUUAGGUGGGCUGUCGAAAGGGAGCAUCACUCUGGAGCUGGAGGUUAUUUUUAACCCUGUCAAAGCAAGUAUAAGAACCUUUCAACCCAGAGAAAGAAGAUUUGUGGAGGACAAUCCCAAAUUUUCUAAAAAGGCUCUGGCCAGGAACGUGCUGCGUGUUCAGGCGCUGUACCGGGCCAUCUUGUUGACUCUGCAGUACAUCAAAAGCUGCUUCCAGUGGGAGAACGUUCAGCAGAGCCUGCUCGCCUUCCUGGUGUUUGUGCUCACAGUGUGGUACUGGGAGUUCUACAUGCUGCCGCUGUUCCUGCUUCUGCUCAUCUCGAGGAACUACCUCCAGAUCCGCUCCGGCCGGGUCAGUCAGGACGUGGACACCAUAUAUCUGGCGGAAGAAGACGAAGACGAUGAGAAGGAGUCAGAGAGGAGAGGCCUGAUGGACAAAAUCCACAUGAUCCAGGAAACCAUCAUCACCCUUCAAACCCUGCUGGACGAGGUCGCCUGCUUUGGCGAGAGGAUUAAAAACACAUUCAACUGGUCUGAGCCGUUCCUGUCCACCUUGGCAGUCUUGGUCUUUGUCAUCGCUACAGUCAUCACAUACUACAUCCCAUUACGUUACAUAGUUUUAAUAUGGGGCAUCAAUAAAUUCACCAAGAAAUUACGGAACCCGUACGGCAUCGCCAACAAUGAAGUGCUUGAUUUCCUGUCGAGGGUGCCUUCAGAUGUGCAGAAGGUUCAAUACAGAGAGACGCGAAGCGGUAGGAAGAAGAAAGUCUCUUAGAAUAUACGAGGAAAGUAUCAAAACGGAACCUGAUGCUCCUCAAAACAGCCGGAGGUCUGCAAUAUUAUUUCUGGUUUGAAUGAUGUGUGGUGAGACGCCGCUCAUAUUGACUGGAAUCCUAAGACCUUUCAACUUUUCAAGCUUACGCUGAAGACCCCACAGAGAUCACUCACACAUUUCACUAAUGUGUCUGCCUUAAUAUUUCUAGAAGAAAUUGUUAUUAUCAUAGAUAUUUUAUUGGAUGUACAGUUUAUUCUUUUAAAAAGAAACUUGGUCAGAAGCUGCUUUGUUUUAUAUUCUUGUCUGUCCUGAAAUCAAGUCAAAUAUCUGAUAUGUCCCAUAUUGAAUGUACUGUACAUGCUUGGUUUUUAAGAAUUGUAUGCAAACGUCAUCACACAACAUGGAGACUUUGAUUCCAUCAAGUUGACUGCAUGGCAGUCAUCCUAACAAAUUCCUUUCAGAGUUAAAUAUCUUGAAUUUAAAACCUUGGGUGUAAUUUUGAAAUGUAUCUUGCAGUUAAAUCAUACAACAACAAAUCAAUAGAGGCAAAUAUUAUGUAUCAUGGUCUCUUUACAUGUAUUUUUUUUUUUUAAGGCUACGUGUGCAUGAAUUACUGACUUAAUGCCUUUUACUGAGACAAUAUGGACUUUCUUCAUUUACACAAGCAUGAGUGCACGCAUUUUGCUUUAGAUUGUCAUCCUAUGGAGAGGAUUAACUGCACACUAUGCUGUGUUUUGCUCUUUGUAUCAGAGUGCUUCACGGCCAGAUCACUGCACACUUGAUUUUCCUUCAUCGACGCUGGUGAAGGCUUUCAUUGACUGUCUUUCAUUCCUGGGAGCAAAUAAAACCACUCACUCAGUGCAUCCUCUUUCA